UUUUGAGUUUUCUUGAAGUGAACGAAAAUGGAGAAUGCGUCACUCUUCUCUCCAGCAAACCCACAUUUCUUCAAGCCUCUUCUCUCCAGUUCCCAGAGUCACUUCAAUAUUCCUGUGAAGUUCUUCUCCGAGCACAUAGAGGGAAAACACGAGGGCAAGACUGUAUCGUUGAGAUCAGACGCGUUAGCAAAAACAUGGAAAGUGAAGAUGGAAGGUCAAGGACUCACCGAAGGUUGGAAGGAGUUCGUCAAGGCACAUGAUCUUCGAGUCGGUGACUUUCUUGUCUUUAGACACGAAGGAGACAUGUUGUUCAAUGUCACUGCUCUAGGACCAAGUUGCUGCGAGAUCCAAUACGCACUCUUUGGUAGCCGCCACAAAGACAAAGAGGAGGAGGAGGAUGAAACUGAAAGAUCUGACAAGGAGACUGAGGAUAACGAUCUGCCGACAUGUUUUAGCCAAUAUGUUACUGUCUUCAGCAUGACAAGAGAUACAGUGAGUUUGCCCACAGCUUUCGCCAAGCGAAAUGGAUUGUACGAAGUAAGUCAAAAGAUAGUUUUGAUGAACGAAGGAGGAAGAUCAUGGCCUUCAGAACUGAAGAAACUCGAGUCUGGUCGGAUUGUUAUAGUUCGAGGCUGGACAAGUUUUUGCGUCGCAAACAAGUUCCAAGUUGGAGAUUCGUGGACGUUCAAACUUCUCCGAAACGCAGAAACUCCUGUGUUUCAGCUCUGCAGCCGCGCAAAGACAGAGCGUAAGAAGAAGGAAACUCUGUCUAAGGAAGCUAAUAUCGCUGAAAGAACCGAUGGAAACCGGUUUGUGAAUUUAACUCCUACAUUAAACAGUCUUGAGCGAGCAUCUACCGCUAAGUUUCACGAGUGUGAACGAUCUCAUCAAACCGGAAAAGGUAAUUCUGGUGGAUAA